AUGCCCAAUGAACCCUCUAUCUCGUCUCUCUUCACAACCCUACCUCCACUUCAAGAUUCUCUAGAAACCAAAACAAGCCAAGACCAAGAUGAAACCGUGACAAAAUGUCUUCCUUUCCUAACAGGCCGCGAUGGCACAUUAAAGUCGAAUCUGAAUGAAUUCGGGUUAUCGCAUUUGAUGAAAGAUCGGCAUAUUGAGUACCUUUAUGACUCGCUUGAAGAUUACCCGGAAGGGUUUGUGGCCAUGGAUUCGAGUAGGCCGUGGAUGUCUUAUUGGGCGCUUGCCGGGUUGGCGUUGUUGGGGGAGGAUGUUAGUAAAUAUCGAGAGCGGGUGGUGGCGACGUUUACGGCAGCACAAAAUCCUACAGGCGGCUUUGGAGGAGGUCAUGGUCAGAUGUCGCAUCUGGCCUCUACGUUUCCUGCUGUGCUGAGUUUGGCGUUGGUAGGGGGUGAGGAUGCAUAUAAGGUGGUCGAUCGCGGAGCAAUGUGGUCAUGGCUGGGACAGCUGAAGCAACCUGAUGGAGGGKUUCAAUUGGUCAUAGAUGGGGAGGAAGACGUCCGAGGUGCCUAUUGCGCAAUGGUGACAAUAUCUCUUCUAAACCUACCGCUGGAACUGCCCCCAGAAGCUGAAGUGCGCAAACAUGGCUUGCGCACAUUUCUAGACGGUCUUCCAGAGUAUCUGUCUCGAUGUGCUGCAGAGGCCCAUGGUGCAUAUGCAUUCUGUGUGUUGGCAUGUCUGUGUAUCAUGGGUCAGCCAAAGGACAUGAUAACAAGGUAUAUGGAUAUCCCACUAUUAGUAUCCUGGCUCUCAGCCCGACAGUAUGCACCUGAAGGCGGGUUCUCAGGUCGUACCAACAAACUCGUCGACGGUUGUUAUAGUCACUGGGUAGGCGAUUGUUGGCCAUUAGUACAGUCAGCAUUGAACGGGCCACAUGGGGACGAAGACGCAGUCCCAAAAGUGCCUCAAUAUUUGUUUAGUCGCGAAGGUCUGGCGCGGUAUAUCAUGAAUUGCUGUCAGAAUAAGAAUGGAGGUCUUCGCGACAAGCCUGGAAAACACCCCGACUCAUAUCAUACAUGCUACACCCUAACCGGAUUGAGCACAAUACAAUAUUACCACUACCAAACCGAGCAAGAAACAACCUCAUCACGUAUAGGCGGCGUAUUCGCCUCGUCAUUUUCAUGGAAGAGCGUACCUGCCAAGAUCACCACGACCGAAGACGACGAAGCCAGCAGGGACAUAGUAGACAAGUGCGAUCGACUCGUGGCCUUUCAUCCGAUUUAUACGAUUCCGCAUAAAAAUGCGGAGGCGUUGCGGAGGUGGUGUGAGGAGAAGCCUAUAUAG